AUGAAUCAGGUGGGAUUGUACGUUCACGGGUCCACGAUCUUCUCCAACAAGGAGCCCAAAGACUUGGAUUUGCUCGCGAUUGUGGACGAAGCAAAGCAGGUCAUCGCUUCGGGGUCGAAGGAGGCCCAGUUUGUCCUCGGCCGCUGCGAGGUCUCUGUCUACGAACGCGACUUCUGGCUGAGGAGGCUGGAGGCGAUGGACCUGACUAUGCUGACCUGCAUCUCAACCCCGAAGCGCUUUGUCCUGCUUGAGAUCGACGAUCCGCGCGUGCGAAACUUGACGCUUCCACUGGACGUCCUUGAGGAGUCGGUGGCCUCGUAUGCAGAGUACACCUGGCUAAAGGCUCAUCGGAGGAUGGAUGGCAAAGGAAAGGACCAAGGGUGUGGGAAGGAACACAUCGCAGCCUUUCGGAUCCUGUGCUUCGGCCAGCAGCUCCUCCAGAAAGGACGGAUCACCGACCUCACGGCUGCCAGGGCCACAGAUGGCCACAGUGCGAGCGCAGCGUGCGUCGCGGAGUCUUGGCUGCUUCCAUUGGGAGGCCAACCCGAAGUACGAAGUGAUCCAGUCGGUCUUCGAUGCGCUGUCGGUACAGCCUGGCCACUGGCCCACAUCGUUUUGUUAGCUCGAAGAUCCGAAAGCACAAUCUUCCUUUUCUGUCCCGUGGUUUUGAGGCGAAUGGGACGUGGUCGAAGCGAUUUUCGGCCGGCUCUUCAGAUGCGAGCCCCUGCCUCAGCUUGGAGCUCGUCCUCGAGCCUUCCGCGCGUCUCCGUCGUCGGGUAG